AUGUCGCCAGACCCUCAAACUCAAUCCAUGUUCAAACUUUGCCAGCGGAAUAUUUUGGGAGAAGUCAAGGUACACAAACAAAAGAAAGUACCAAAACCAAGGUCACAAAAGGAACACAAACCUGCAUCACCAGUGACUUGUUGUCAAAUUACUUGUCAAAGCCCAAGAUGGUCUCAACCUGUUCACAAACUGAUCCAUGCAGUCAACAUGGUUAUGGACAAAGAUGAAAACACCAAUAGAGAUGAAAGUGGGAAAGCAAGUGAAGGUAUGAGCAUUACACAGGCCACAUUGGAAGUUUGCAGAAGUACUAAGACUUAGAGCAAUCAGAAAAUGAAUCCGAUGGUGAAGAAAGUUUUGAUGAAGAAAGUUGUACUGAAGACUAUAGUAUGACAUCAGGAGAGGAAAGUGAAAUGGAGGGAUGUCCUGAAAAAGAUAAGGAGCAGGAUGAAACAAUAAUUCUCACCAGUGAGAAGUCUGUCAAGGACCAAUUAAAAUUUAUAGUUUGUGAAGAGUCUAUUGCAACAACUUUUCGUGUGUGCCUUAAAUGUGGAAGCCGCUUCUCUGUUUUGGUCACAAGUAUAAUUGGAAGCUACUGCAAGAUCUUAAUCUCAUGUUCAUCUUCAGCACAGCAUAAUAUAUCCUGGUCAACAGGACCCCUUAUGAAUAGAUUACCUGCUUUUAACCUACUUAUGGCAGCUAGUAUCCUAAGCACUGGUAUGGAAUCUAACAAAAUAAUGAGAUUUAUGGAAUCAUUAAACAUUUUGUGCUUCAAGAGGCGAGAGUUGUCAAACAUCCAAAGUGCAUAUGUUAUCCCAGCUGUAAUAAGUGCUUGGAAAAUGGAACAGCAUAAAUUAUAG